CCCUAGUUGUAUUUCUUGACCCAGAUGGCGUCGUGUGAUGCAUUCCUGCGCGUCGAGCCGCUGGCGCUGCGGAUCAACGCGUCUCUGACCACUCCGGCGACGAAUCCGUCACGGUGAGUGCUGCCCAGGGGAGCCGCGAUCCAGCUUCCAAUUCGCGCGGAGGACAGGAGCAAGGGUUUUGGGCUGUCAUCUAUCGCCGGCGCAGCAAUGGCGUCCUUCCUGAUGCAUGGAAUUCUCCAUGCGACGGUCUUCGAGGCCGUGGGAAUCACCGAUCAGACGCGAGUCACUGGCGCAGCGCCCGAGUUCUUGCGAAUGAUCGUGGAGGGCGUGGAGGACGUGGUCGGCCUCGGGAGAGGCUCAAAUCGAAUGUAUGCCACUGUGGACCUCGACAAGACCCGGGUGGGAAGAACGCGAGUGGUGGAUUUCUCGCCAAAAAGCCCGGUGUGGAACGAGUCCUUCCACAUCUACUGCGCGCACAACGUUGCUCACACGAUCAUCAGCGUCAAGGCCGACCUCCGGAUCGGAGCCACGGUGCUGGGCCGGGCCAAAGUCUCGGUUCUCAAUCUCCUCUCGGGCCAGCCGCUCGAGAACUGGCUGGAUCUCUGCCGGGAGGACGGCAAGCCCAUCAAGAGCGCCAAGGUCCGCGUACGCCUCCAGUUCUUCGACGUGACCAAGGAUCCAAACUUUGGCUAUGGCGUCCGCGAUGGCUUUCGCUUCCCGGGGGUGCCUUUCACGUACUUCAAGCAGCAGCGCGGAUGCAGAGUCACGCUCUACCAGGACGCUCACAUGAGUGACAACUUCCUGCCACCGAUUUUUCUCGCGGGAGAUCAGCUCUAUCAGCCGACUCGGUGCUGGGAGGAUAUGUUCCACGCCAUUUCCAACGCCAAGCAUUUGAUCUACAUCACAGGGUGGUCGGUUUUCACCGAGAUCACGAUGAUCCGAGACCCCGCAAGAGCUUCGCUGGGAGCCGAGGCACAGACGCUGGGCCAGCUCCUGCGGAGGAAAGCCGAGGAGGGAGUCCGAGUUUUACUCCUCGUCUGGGAUGACCGGACCUCUCUCAGCGUCGUCAAGACGGAGGGCGUGAUGAACACUCACGACGAGGAGACUUUCAAUUAUUUCAAGAACACCAAAGUCAAGUGCCGGCUGUGUCCCAGGAAUCCGGACAGUGGUCUCAGCAUCGUCCAAGGCUUCCAGAUCGGUGCCAUGUUUACACACCACCAGAAGACGCUGACGGUUGAUGUCCCGGCACCCGGAAGCCAUAUGAGGGCCAUCACAAGUUUCGUGGGUGGUCUGGACCUCGCUGCGGGAAGAUAUGACAACCAGCAUCACUCGGUCUUCCACACGCUCAAUGCCGAGCACAAGGACGACUUUCGGCAGACGAGCUUUCCCAGGGCGUGUCGCAAGUUCGGCGGGCCGAGAGAGCCGUGGCACGACAUCCACGCGCGGAUAGAAGGCCCGGCCGCCUGGGACGUGCUCCACAACUUCGAGCAGCGGUGGAGAAAGCAGGCGAGCAAGGACGCGAACUGGCUGCUCGAGCUGGCGCAGAUGAGAUCCAUCGUUCCCCCGACCGCCCCGGCUUGUCCAGGAGAAGACUGGAACACUUGGAACGUACAACUCUUCCGGUCGAUCGACGCGGCGGCGGUGGCUGGCUUCCCGCAGGAUCCAGCAGCAGCGGGAGCAAUGGGACUGGUGAGCGGCAAGGACAACAUCAUCGACAGGAGCGUCCACGACGCUUUCAUCGCGGCUAUCCGGCGAGCCAAGGACUUCAUCUACAUCGAGAACCAAUACUUCCUGGGAAGCUCUUUCGCGUGGGAGUCGCACCAAAACGCUGGAGCUCACCACUUGGUUCCCCGCGAGAUAGCGCUCAAGAUCGUGAGCAAGAUCCAAGCCGGCCAGCCUUUCCGGGUCUACAUCGUCAUUCCAAUGUGGCCCGAGGGAGUCCCCGACAGCCCCCAGGUGAUGGCGAUCCUGGAGAUGAUGGUGAGGACCAUGGAGAUGAUGUACAGGACCAUCGCUCCGGCACUCUUCGCCAAGCAGCUCGUCGACGUGGAUCUGCGAGACUACCUCUCCUUCUACUGCCUGGGGAACCGGGAGAGGCGAGCUCCCGGCGACUACUUGCCUGUGGAGUCUCCCGAGCCGGGCUCCAGCUACAAGCUCGCGCAGGACCAUCGCCGCUUCAUGGUCUACGUCCACUCCAAGAUGAUGAUCGUGGACGAUGAAUACAUCAUAGUUGGAUCGGCGAAUAUAAACCAGCGCUCCAUGGAUGGCGGCCGCGACACGGAGAUCGCCAUGGGAGCUUACCAGCCAUACCACACUUGCCUGGCGCAGCCACCGCGGGGCCAAGUCCACGGCUUUAGAAUGUCGCUGUGGUACGAGCACACGGGUGUGCUUGACAACGAUUUCCUGGCCCCCAGCAGCGUCCAGUGCAUGAGAAAGAUGAACAGCAUGGGGGACUACUACUGGCAGCUCUACGCGGGGGAGCCCGAGGUGGAUCUUCCGGGCCAUCUCUUGGCAUACCCGAUCACUGUGGCGAAAGAUGGCACCGUUAGUGAGCUCCCGGGAUUCUCCUCCUUUCCAGACAUGAAGGGCCGGAUACUCGGUGGAAGAUCCGACUAUUUUCCUGAUAUUCUCACCUCGUAAGCUCAUCUCCGAAUCCUUGUAAAUCAAUGUGAAUAACAUCAAGGUUUUAACAAAAAAGGUUCUUUUUUGUUAGCAA